AUGUACUCUAAUUAUGAAUUCAGCUGUAGAAUUCCUCACCACAAAAUAGUAAACAAAAAAAUUGUUUAUGUGGUAAUCUUUGUCUCACACUCUUAUUGUUCUGCAAAAGUCUAACAUCUUAGAUAUUCAGAUGCUGAAAAAUUACAUAUUAAAUUGGAUAAGUCAUCAUAACAAUUACGUUUAGCAAUCACUCUACCACCAUUUCCUGGUAAAAAACUAUUCGGCAGUCAUAAUGAUUCUGAAUAAGGCAUUUUAAGACGCGUAUUCAUUCAUAUAUUUCAUAUUUUAGAGAUCUGAUCUUUAAGAUUACUUUAAUCAAUUACUUAAAAUUGAUAAACUCUAUUCUAUACCAUGUUUGAAAUCUAUGUUACCUGAUAUUAAUGAUGAUAAAAGUGAACUAACUUAAUUUUUAUAAGAUAAGUAAUAAAUUAUAUAUCAAAUACUUAGACCUAAAUAAUAAUACAAUUUUAUUAUUGAUUCAUUUUAACAAUUAGACAUGUUUGUUUUGUACUUUGUUUAAGUUAUUGACAAUUUUAAUAAAACUAAAUGGAAAUUUAAAACUAGAUAUUCAGAUUUAAGAGACAUUCAUUAAGCACUCAAAGAACAAAUCAAAAAUAAUAUUCCUGAAUUCCCAAAAAGAAAAAUCUUUGGAAUUACUAAUGAUGAUCCAUAAGAAAUUGAAACUAGAAAAAAAAAUCUAGAAAUCUACCUUAAUUCAAUUUACGCGUAUUUCAUUCUAUAUUAAUUAGAGUGAUCCAGAAUUAGCUAAUACAGAUAUUUUAGAUUAUUUCAUUUAAAAUAGCAGAAGAGAAUCCAAAAAAUUAUAAAAAUUCGAUGAAUAAAAAAUGCUUUUAAAAAUGGUAUUUUUACAAUCAUUUAUCAAUCUUAGAAACUUAAAUAAAAAUAACAAAAAUAAUAAUAAAUUGAAUUAUUGCAACAAAAACUAUUGAAUCCAAACAAUUAAUAAGAUGAUAAUAAUUAGAUAUCUCAAAAACCUAUUAAAUAAUUACCUAGAAAAGGAUUAUUUGUAAUAAAAGAAUUAUUAGAUAAAUAUGAAGAUGAUAACACUACCUUAAUCAGAUACAGUUCUUUAUCUACUAAUCCUCUAAAUACUGUAGGUGUUAGUCAGAUGCCUACAGCGAUUUUAUAAAAUACUUAGAUAGACGAUCAAUUUUAAAAAGCAGCCUCAUAACCCUAAGCUGGUAAAUUUGACAUAGAUGAUCUUGAAGAGGAUUUUAUAAUCUAAAUAGAUAAUUCCAAAUAAGAUGUUUAAUUAACCGAUUAAUAAUGACA